AUGAUGUUUAUGAUUUUUGUCGUACCUACUCUGGGCGUCCUGCUCAGUCUCCCUUCGAAGCUAAGCGCUGCGGAGAGUUCCGGAUGUACAUUUGUGGCAAAAAACACGUCAAUUCCUGUCCAAAAAUGUUUGAAGUUGGGAUAUAUUCGAGUCGCAGGUCGUCGUGUCCCGUUGGGUGUAUACGAAAUGCGAAUACAACUCGAAGAACCGAGGAGAGAAGCUGUUCUUUAUUGCGGAAGAUAUAGUGGUACCUAUAGUUGGCAAUUUGCGAAGAAAGAUGCGAAUCAAAUCCGCGUCAGUUUCUUACAUGGCUAUCUCCAUAUAAACGUAUAUUGGUGUGAUAGUUUCUCCGGUCCUAAAAAUGCUGGUAUACAUUGCGUGGUCGAAGCCUUCUCUACCGCUUGUCCUGGUCGAAUUGGUGAUAACCAUACAUGCGUCUACGAAGUGCAAAAAAAGCAUUUCUCGAGCGACACCGUGCGCAAUGCUGUAGAAGUGAAGGCUGAAGUCGCUGCGCAGGUGAAGAAAGCAGACGUCUCGGCCGGUGUCACUCACACUAAAGAACACACAGUUGUGAACACCUAUUCAGUGAAGAGUCGAUCUUACAUUGUCAUCCCAGCUGGCUACAGAUUUUGCUCAUUCAGCGAAGUGAAUUCAGUAAAGGAUCACUUGGCAGCAACUGGUUUUAAAUGGGAAUGUAAGCUCCCCGCGUAUGUACAAACGAGCUCGAUCACUGGACGUUGUACAGAUCUCUCGCUUUGUGAAACCCAGUCGCCAUGCCCGUCUACAGAUACUCAACCAUUUAGCAGUGGGGAUAAAUCCGCAGUCGCUCACCCUCUCGCUAUUAUGCUACUCCCUCUGUUCAUAAUAGUAAAGUAA